AACCGAGCCAGAGCAGGGACUAUGGUUGUCCAUGAGUUCGAAGAGGCAGUGGAACUAACAUGGCUUCUUGUCGGAAAAGCUAAGCAAAAACUUGAGGAAUAUAAUGAGAAAGUAAAAGGGAGAGAGAAAGGAAGAUGAUUGUGAUUCCAAAGAUAUUGUCUGGAUGAAGUUUCUGUGUUUAAAUUUGUAUCGACCGGUGCUCAAUCUCCUAGAGGAGAGGAUGAAGAAGGAGAUGCUAGAAGAGAUGGUGAUAGUAGGAGGUUUAGUUAUGGUUCAAUUCGUAUACGCUGGCAAUUCUUUGCUCAUGAGUUAUUUGAUGUCACUCGGUCUCGGCCCUUUCACCAUUGUCAUCUUCUCUACAUUUGCCACUUUCGUAAUACUCUCGCCUUUCGCCAUUCUCUUCGAAAGGAAGCAAUGGCCAAAUGAGCUUAGUUUGAGGCUGUUUGGUAAGCUAGUUUUGAUCGCCUUUGCUGGGGUUACCCUGUUUCAAUCUCUGUUUCUAGAAGGAAUCAGGUUGACAUCACCAGCAAUGGCAACAGCGAUGCCUAAUCUGGCUCCUGGUCUCAUUUUUUUCAUAGCUUGGAUGGUUGGGUUAGAGAAGAUGAACCUGAAAUGCGUGUACAGCAAAUUGAAGAUCUUAGGGACAUUGUUGUGCGUGUUUGGCGCUUUAACAAUGAGCCUAAUGCACAGCACUUCGAUAAGACUUAACGAAGAAGAGAAUGCUUCAGAAUUUGUGUUUGAUCGAGACAGAGUCGUCGGAUGUAUAUACCUUCUUGGAGCCGUCUUUGUUUUAUCAACCAACGUCGUCCUUCAGGCGUCGACAUUAGCAGAGUUUCCGGCACCAAUAUCGUUAAGUGCAAUAACGGCAUUACUAGGAGUGUUGAUAACAACGGUGGUACUUCUAUUGCAAAACCGGAAAGCAAAAGUACUUGCCACUUCAUUUGUUAGUUUCAGUAACCUCGUUGGUUAUUCUGUCCUGGGAGGGACAGUGAGUGGAGCAUGUGUUAGCUUUAAUGGAUGGGCUAUGAAGAAACGUGGACCGGUUCUGGUUUCAAUGUUUAGUCCAUUCGCUACCGUUAUAUCGGUUGCUUUCUCCGUUUUUACAUUAGGAGAGUCUGUAAGCCUUGGAAGUGUGGGAGGGAUGGUGUUGAUGUUCGUAGGGCUAUACCUGGUGCUAUGGGCUAAAGGCAAAGAAGGGUUUUCAGAAAUUGAGAGUUUUGAGAGUGAGUACGACUCUAAGAAGCCUCUUUUGUCUUGAUCGUGUUUGUUUGUUGUUCAUCUUCUUCUUCUUCUUCUUCUUCUUCUUCUCUUCUAUCAGUUUAUGGGAAAUGGUAGAGAGUUGGAUUUAGUUUAUAUAUAAAUGCUAGUGAACAUUUUAAAACGGAGAAAAUAGAAAGCUAUAUAUAUAAACAACAUACAUUUAUGUUCAGUACG